AUGAGGAGAAUUAGAGCUGCAGUGGCAUUGUCAUUGGCCUCCUUAUGGCUCUAUGAAGACUCCUGGCUCAGGCCCUUUGCUCGAUCUCUUCUGUGGCUCCUAGGCUUCAUCUUCUGGGGUUCUGCUGCAGCUCUGGCCUUUGGUGGAAUUCUUGUGAUCCUGAUGCACGAGAACUAUGGAUAUUUAUUUCCAGAGUCUUUCUUGGUUCUCCCUGGCUGGCUGGCUAUUGUGGCUGCACUUAUCUUGCUACCUGCUGGAGUUUUGGCUAUCUCUAUUUCUGCGAAGAGCUCCCGCUAUCAGCAAGGUGCUCUGAUGUACUUGCUGCUGCUCCUUCUUUGCCUAGAAAUGUCUUCAGCAAUUCUGGCAGAUUUCUAUACUCUUCGAUUGGCUUCUGAGAUGCAAAGCACUAUGAGUUACCUUGUCUAUCAGUACAAUGGAACGCACUCCCAGGGCCCUGGCAGCGAAGCUGUGGAUGUGGUACAGAGGCAGCUGCAGUGUUGUGGGGUCCAAAACUAUACGGACUGGCUAAAAUCAACAGCUGCUUCUUGGCACCUCCUAGCUGAAGAAGCUCGUGUCCCCAAAAGCUGCUGUAAGGAGAAGUAUUCUCACUGCAGGGGAGACUUAAGCCAUCUGGAGCAGCUUUUUCAGGAAGGCUGUCUAAAGAAGCUGGACGACCGCUUGCAUGUUGUCAUGCUCUAUGUGUUUUGGUGCUGUACUGUGAUAGGCAUCUUAGAGCUGUUGGCUGGUGUCAGCAAUGGCAUCCUCAUGAGGUAUCUGCCUUUCCAUGACUUCUCAUUUCUGGACUCAUCUACCUUGUCAUAG